CAUUCUUUUAAUCUGUGUAAAGGAGUUACUUGUGUAGUCCCUUUACUAAGCUUAAUCAUUUAAGGAAAGCACGCCGGCAGAUGGAGUUGCUGUCGCGGAUUUGUUGGAUCUGGAAACAGAAGUGCAGCAAAUCGAACAAGGACUUCAGCAACUAGAACAAAUUCCAACAGGAACGGAUGCAUUUGGAGCUACACCAUUUGCUGAUCCAUUCCAGGACAGCUUUGUUGCUAGUCCUCCGGCAAUGAAUGGAUCAGCCGUUAGUGCUCCACUGAACGGCUCUGUACAGCAAGCUCAGCCUCAAUUCCAAACGCAGUUCCCACCUCAAGCUCAAAAUGGAGGCUGGCCUCAACAGUCAGCCAUGCCUGCGCAAGUGCCUCAAAUUCCAAUGCAGAUGCCUGUUCCUCCGACAAAUCCACCAUUUGUUGAUGCAUGGGGAGCCGCUCCACAAAUGGCGCACACACAUAGCACACCAGCCUUUAUU